CGCUGAGCGGGGCGCGCGGCCCCGAGGAUGCGGGAGCGGGAGCAGCACUGGCGUGGAUGCUCCCUUCCCCUGGCCUUUGGAGACUCAGUUGUAUUUUGAUGGAGGCAGCAGCUGCUGGGUGAGCGGCCGGUGACUGCACAAGUACCCCUCCUGGCAGGAGAGGCUCGUCCUCUCCUCGGGCACCACCACUGCACUGGUGGUGGUGCUUUUCCCUCCUUACCGCUCCACACUUUAAAGAAAGAAGAAGAUGCCACUGCCAUUUGGAUUGAAACUCAAACGCACCCGGCGCUACACCGUGUCCAGCAAGAGCUGCCUGGUUGCCCGGAUCCAGCUGCUCAAUAAUGAGUUUGUGGAGUUCACUCUGUCUGUGGAGAGCACUGGUCAGGAGAGCUUGGAGGCUGUGGCUCAAAGACUGGAGCUGCGGGAGAUCACCUACUUCAGCCUCUGGUACUACAACAAGCAGAAUCAGCGCCGGUGGGUGGAUUUGGAAAAGCCCCUGAAGAAGCAGCUGGAUAAAUACGCCUUGGAGCCCACCGUCUACUUCGGAGUGGUGUUCUACGUGCCUUCCGUGUCGCAGCUGCAGCAGGAGAUCACCAGGUAUCAGUAUUAUCUGCAGCUGAAGAAAGAUAUAUUGGAAGGAAACAUUCCUUGUACAUUAGAACAAGCAAUUCAGCUAGCGGGCUUAGCUGUUCAAGCUGAUUUUGGUGACUUCGAUCAGUAUGAAUCCCAGGACUUCCUUCAGAAAUUCGCCUUAUUUCCUGUGGGGUGGUUACAAGAUGAAAAAGUAUUGGAAGAAGCAACCCAAAAAGUGGCCUUGCUGCAUCAGAAAUACAGGGGCCUCCCAGCUCCUGACGCCGAGACACUGUACAUGCAGGAGGUGGAGAGGAUGGAAGGCUACGGAGGAGAGAGCUACCCCGCGAAGGACAGCCAAGGCAGCGACAUCUCCAUCGGGGCAUGUCUGGAAGGCAUCUUUGUGAAACACAAGAACGGAAGGCCUCCUGUGAUGUUUCGGUGGCACGACAUUGCCAACAUGUCCCACAGCAAGUCCUUCUUCGCAUUAGAGCUGGCCAACAAAGAGGAGACCAUCCAGUUUCAAACUGAAGACAUGGAAACAGCAAAAUACGUGUGGAGACUCUGCGUGGCGAGGCACAAGUUUUACAGGCUAAACCAGUGUAGCCUGCAAACUCCAACGGUCACAGUGAACCUGAUUAGGAGGAGGUCUUCUUCCAGAAUGUCUCUGCCGAAACCUCAGCCCUAUGUGAUGCCGCCCCCACCCCCGCUGCAUUAUAACGGGCAUUAUACAGAGCCGUACACUUCUUCUCAAGAUAACCUGUUUGUGACGAACCAGAACGGGUACUACUGUCAUUCUCAGACGAGUUUGGAUCGAGCCCAGAUCGACCUCAGCGGCCGAAUCCGGAACGGCAGUGUCUACAGCGCACACAGCACGAGCUCCCUAAACAACCCGCAGCCCUUCCCGCAGCCCUCGCCCAUGUCCUCCAACCCCAGCAUCACCGGGAGCGACGUCAUGAGACCCGACUACAUCCCCUCGCAUCGGCACAGUGCGCUGAUACCCCCGUCUUACCGCCCGACCCCAGAUUACGAGACUGUGAUGAAGCAGCUCAACAGGGGGAUGGUCCACGCGGAGAGGCAGAGCCACUCGCUGAGAAACCUCAGCAUCGGCAACUCGUACGCCUACAGCAGGCCCGACGCGCUGGUCUACAGCCAGCCUGAGAUCCGGGAGCAUGCCCACUUCACCUCCCCCCAGUCGGCCCACUGUCCGUUCAGUCUGAAUUACAGUUUCCACAGCCAGUCUCCUUACCCCUACCCCACGGAGAGGCGGCCCGUGGUGGGCGCCGUCAGUGUUCCCGAGCUGACCAACGUGCAGCUCCAGGCCCAGGAUUACCCAGCCCCAAACAUCAUGAAAACUCAGGUGUACCGCCCACCCCCACCCUACCCUUACCCGAGGCCCGCCAACAGCACCCCGGACCUGUCCCGCCACCUCUACAUCAGCAGCAGCAACCCGGAUCUCAUCACCCGGCGAGUCCAUCACUCGGUCCAGACGUUCCAGGAGGACAGCCUGCCGGUGGCCCACUCGCUGCAGGAGGUCAGCGAGCCCCUCACCGCAGCCCGGCAUGCUCACUUGCAGAAGAGGAACAGCAUCGAGAUCGCGGGCCUGACUCACAGCUUCGAAGGCCUGAGGCUCAAGGAGAGGACCAUGUCGGCCUCGGCCGCAGACGUGGCCCCUCGGGCUAGCUCAGCAGGCUCCCAGCCAAAUGUCUUCACUGAGAGAGCAAAACGAGGAGAGACGGCCGAGCAGGAGGGCCUGAGAUACGGUCACAACAAGUCCCUCUCGGAUGCCACCAUGCUGAUCCACAGCAGUGAGGAGGAGGAGGGCUUUGAGGAGGAGAGCAAAGCACCAGCCGUGCUCUCCCCACAGGCACGUGACCCCCGGGGCAGUUACUCCCAAGAGCCGCAGACGGGCUACUCCUGUGCCUCGGUCACUCCAGGCGUGGGCCCUCUGCACAUCCUGGAGCCCAAGUCCCAUGUCGCAGAGGCCGAGAGGAGGGGGAGGGCGGGCAGCCCGGUGCAUGUGCUGGUGGAAGCCCAGCGGCCCAGGAGAGACGGGCUGCUGACACCCUCCAUGUCCGAGUCUGACCUCACCACGUCGGGGAGGUACCGGGCCAGGAGGGAUUCUCUGAAGAAGAGGCCGGUGUCCGACCUCCUCUCGGGAAAGAAGAACAUUGUUGAGGGACUUCCGCCGUUAGGGGGAAUGAAAAAGAGCCGAGUAGAUGCAAAAAAAAUCGGUCCUCUCAAACUGGCUGCCCUGAAUGGACUCUCCCUGUCUCGCCUGCCGCUGCCCGAUGAGGGGAAGGAUGUGUCGGCCAGAGCCACCAAUGAUGAGAGGUGUAAAAUUCUGGAACAGCGGUUAGAACAGGGAAUGGUGUUCACAGAGUAUGAAAGGAUUCUCAAGAAACGGCUCGUUGAUGGGGAGUGCUCCACAGCGCGACUCCCCGAAAAUGCAGAAAGAAACCGAUUCCAAGAUGUGCUUCCCUACGACAAUGCCAGGGUGGAGUUGGUCCCGACCAAAGAAAACAACACCGGUUACAUCAACGCGUCCCACAUUAAGGUCUCUGUCAGUGGAAUUGAAUGGGAUUACAUUGCCACACAGGGCCCCUUGCAGAACACCUGUCAGGACUUUUGGCAGAUGGUGUGGGAACAGGGAGUCGCCAUUAUAGCGAUGGUGACAGCUGAAGAGGAGGGUGGAAGGGAGAAGAGCUUUAGGUAUUGGCCACGCCUUGGUUCCAGGCACAACACGGUCACCUAUGGAAGGUUUAAGAUCACCACCCGGUUCCGCACUGACUCUGGCUGCUAUGCCACCACGGGCUUGAAGAUGAAGCACCUGCUCACGGGGCAGGAGAGGACCGUCUGGCAUCUGCAGUACACAGACUGGCCGGAGCACGGCUGCCCGGAGGACCUCAAGGGGUUUCUGUCGUACCUGGAGGAGAUCCAGUCCGUUCGGCGCCACACAAAUAGUACGAGUGAACCAAAAAGCCCCAACCCUCCGCUGCUGGUCCACUGCAGUGCGGGCGUGGGCAGAACCGGCGUCGUCAUUUUGUCGGAGAUCAUGAUCGCCUGUCUGGAACACAACGAGGUGCUGGACAUCCCGCGGGUGCUGGACAUGCUGAGGCAGCAGAGGAUGAUGCUGGUGCAGACCCUGAUCCAGUACACCUUCGUGUACAGAGUUCUCAUCCAGUUCCUGAAGAGCUCCAGGCUCAUAUAAGCUCCCGCAGCUGCUGAAGGGGACCCGACCAUCGACCAUCGCAGCGUUUACAGUCAGAACAGGGCCUGCUGGACUCGCGCGCUCCCUCGACGCUCGCUCAUCCACGCAGAACGCUCACCGGGAUGUGCGGCGCUCGAACCGGCAGAGGGAGCGGGAGCUGCGGGGACUGC